UAUAUAUUUCUUGCAAGCUUUGCAUCUUUAUUUUUAAAUCUCUCUUUCUAUAUAAUGGUCAAAGCUGAAGGGCAGAGAGAAUAAACAGAGAGAGAGUUUUAAGUUUUACAGACUUGUGAAGACAAUGGAGGCAAGAAGAGGAUUGUUCUUGCUGAUGAUUUUAAUGAUGAUUACAAACAAUGGAGAAGCACAACUGACAGAGAACUUCUACAGCUCAAGCUGUCCGGCAGUGGAAGCUAUAGUGAAGCAGGCGGUGAGCACAAAGUUCAGCCAGACGUUCACUACAAUUCCGGCAACUCUUCGUCUGUUCUUUCACGACUGCUUCGUUACUGGUUGUGAUGCCUCAAUUAUGGUUUCAUCACCAAAUGGAGAUGCAGAGAAAGAUGCUUCAGACAAUCUCUCUCUUGCAGGAGAUGGCUUUGAUACUGUCAUAAAAGCGAAGGCAGCAGUUGAAGCACAAUGUCCAAAUGUUGUCUCCUGUGCAGAUAUUUUAGCAAUCGCUGCAAGAGAUGUCGUCGUCCUGGCCGGAGGUCCAUCAUUCAGCGUAGAGUUAGGGAGAAGAGAUGGCUUAAUUUCUAAAUCAUCACUUGUGUCUGGAAAUCUACCUGAACCUGACUUCACUCUUUCUAAACUCAACGCCAUUUUUGCUAAAAACAACCUUAGCCAAAUCGACAUGAUUGCACUCUCAGGAGCACACACAUUAGGAUUCUCUCACUGCAACCGUUUUGCAAAUCGUAUCUAUUCAUUCUCUCCAUCUUCUCCUGUUGAUCCUUCUCUGGAUCCUGACUACGCCAAGCAGCUCAUGGCUGCCUGUCCUCGCAAUGUUGACCCUGUCAUAGCCAUAGACAUGGACCCAACAACGCCACGAACAUUUGACAAUGUUUAUUAUCAGAAUCUGGUUGCUGGUAAGGGCUUGUUUACUUCAGAUGAGGUGCUGUUCACUGAUCCUGCGUCUAAGCCUAUGGUUGUUGAUUUCGCUAAUAGCCCUGGCGAUUUUAAUGGAGCCUUUGUCACGGCUAUGAGAAAACUUGGUAGAGUUGGAGUUAAGACUGGCAGCCAAGGUCGCAUAAGGACAGAUUGUACAAUCCUUAAUUCUUAGUACUUGAAUGUGUUGCUUGUGCUUGUGUAAUUAGAAAUUGGAUUAUAUAGCAAUAAAGGAAUAAGCAUACACAACUCCCAUGUGAUAAAAUGUAAGAAAUAAUAUAUAUUAUUGAAAUUUUCUUUUCAAGAGAAAAGAGUACGGAAUAACUAUUUCGUUAACGAAGAAAAAAUAUAAACACGUUUUAAUAAAUUUCUAAAAAUACAAAAAAUGAUUUGUUAAUAAUAACAAUAUCUAGAAACUAAAUAAUAUUUUUUUUUUGUUAAUGAACUUAAAUUGAAACUUCUGAGCUAAAUGAAACAAAAAAUUAAAAAUAGAUUAAAACUAAACUUCCCUAAUCCUUUUAUAUACUGCCCACAAAAUGGAAAUGUCAUUCCCAACUUAAAAGAGAAACAUUAGAAUGAGCAAUAAUUCAAUCCCAACAAAAUUUCAAAAGAAUGAACCAAAAAUAAUUAAUGGAUUAUUCAAAUAGAAUAUUACAAAAAUAUACAACAUUUCAACAUUCCAAAGCUAAUCUCCUGUGACUAAAUGGCAGCACUCAGGUUACAUAUUUUAUAAAUAAAUAGUACAAAAAAAAAAAAAAAAAA